AUGUCAGAAGCCAUCCCCGGGGUACAGGAGUUAGGGGAAGUGCUCUUAACGUGCAACUGUAACCUCCACGCGCGUCGAUGUCGGUUCAACAUGGAGCUGUACAAGUUGUCGGGGCGGGUGAGUGGCGGCGUGUGUCACCGGUGCCGCCACAACACUGCCGGCAGACACUGUCACUACUGUAAGGAGGGCUUCUAUCGUGACGGCUCCAGACCCAUUAUACAUCGGAAGGCUUGUAAAGCGUGUGACUGUCAUCCGGUGGGCGCCUCGGGGAAGACGUGCAACCAGACGACGGGUCAAUGCCCAUGUAAGGACGGCGUCACUGGCACCAUAUGCAACCGUUGUGACAAGGGUUAUCAACAGAGCCGCUCACCCAUCGCUCCCUGCAUCAAAGUGCCUGACCCUUCGACUAUUAGACCAGCUGCCCACAGUUACGCUCAGCCAUCGUGUGGGAAAUGCAGAGUCAAUAAGCGACGCCUCAAAAUCAAGAAAUACUGCCGCAGAGAUUAUGCACUGGUGGCGCGAGUGAUCAACAAAGAGGUGCUCGGCGAGUACACCAGGUUCGACAUACAAGUGACGAACGUGUUCAAGAGGACCCGGGCAGACCGAGUGCGGCGAGGCGGGGACCAGCUGUGGGUGAGGAACGAGGACCUCACCUGCAAGUGUCCAGACAUAAGGAUGGGCAACGAGUACCUGCUUCUGGGAAGGAAGGAGAGGAAGCAGCGUCCAGGUUUAGUCAUCAAUCGCCAGUCCAUCGUCAUCCGCUGGCGCAACAACAAGCAGGCGCGCAUGCGUCGCUUCCUCAAGAAGGCCUCCAAGAAGUGUCGGCCGUCGAGGUACUGAGCGGGCCGCCCUUUGCCACUCCCGGCACAGACGAGGCUCGUGGCUCAAACUUCCUUUUCCUAAGGAAGAGGAAAAUGGGAAAAUGUGCAGUCAGGCCCAUUGUUUAUUAUGCAAAAGUAAAAAUGCGAAUAAGUACAAUGGUUUGACAAGAGAAAGUGGGAUGAAGUGGUAAAGUUAAGCGGGUACGACACGAGUGUGGGGACGGACGCGGGAAGCAUCUCAGUGUAGCCAUAGUCUUCGGGGUUGUAAAAUGUCCGUACUUUAUGGAAAAUCAAUUGUAAUGUUUAAAAGCUGUAAAGCCGAGCCCUGGAGUCUGAAUAUUAGCACUAAGAUGGGCUCUGCAGCAUAUCACUCUCUUAGCUUAACACGUAGAAUAGAGCAGCGUCUGGGCUGCCGACGAGUUGAUGCGUUGUAUCAAUGUUCACCAAUGUCAGACUAAUAUUUGUUCGAAUUCUUAAUGGCAAUUUAGCCAUUAUAAUUAUACUGCUUUAUGCUCUCUUACAGUGUACGUUUUCAAUAGUGUACAUAACGAUCACAUUUAUGUGUGUUCAUUAAAUGAAUCGUGUUCAUAUUAACUGAAAAGUAUAUAUCCAGUUAGAUUUAGUUAAGUCAACACACUCCCGGACUGAAAGCACCAAGACGCGCCACAGCUGGAGUAAAUGGAGGAACAUGUCAUUCAUUGGUUCUCAGUGUACGGACGGACUUUACCCAGCCAAUAAGCGCCCAGUUGGUGGCACUGAGUGUUUGGUGGGGCGUGUGUUGACAACGGCGCCCCGGACGCGGGGGUGUUUGGUUGACAGCUUGACGGGAGCCACCUCACCCGUCACACAAGUUCCUAAUUUGACUAGGGCCGUUUGUGAACGAUUUUGGGCGGGAUCUGCACACCGAUUUCUUAGGAAAUAAAUGUUUCGAUCCUUCUCAUCUGGUGUUUCGAGCGGCAACACUACCACUCUUAUGUUCUGUUGAGUCAGCCCUGGACAAGGGAAGGGAGGGGAGAGUGAGUCAUAAGUUUCUUUUUAUUUUCUCUAAAGAAAGUUUAUGUGGUAAAAUAUCCGUCGUUAGUGAUUUUCUGCUUGUGAAUAAAAAAAACAAAAUGGGUCCAGCACCAUAACUUAAUUAAUGUUUUAAUGGGAAAACGUUUUCCAGCCAGGAUGUUGGCGGCUAUGUCCAGGACUGACAGCGGAAUAUUGUAGAAUGUUGAAGUAACGCUGUACAUGUUGCCGUCUGUGUGGGUACUUAACACACACCUCUCCUGCUUUAAGGAUACAACAAGGAUUUUGCCAUGUACUGAGGAAACGCACCUCACCUCACACACAGCACCAACACUCUCACCAUGUGCAUCUUACACCUUCUGAAGGCUAUUACCACGUCGACGAAUACCUUGUUUUACAUCGUACUGGUUAUCUGAACGAACUGUUGUGGAAUCAAAGUAUUUUCUCGUUGUCUCUAGCUGAGCACAGGGGUAAUAGAGCAGUGGUAAUGAGAGGUGUAAGUGGUGGUGGUACGUCAAGGUCACUGUGUGGUGCGUCGCCUCAUUACCACCUUCAAAUUUAUUUCAUGUACAAACUCAUUUGUGUAAUUAAAAUUCCUCAUUUAUAGCCUAAUGUUUCAGUCACUAUGUGUGUGUGUCUGGCAAUGGUAUAUAACUAUAAGAGGUAAUGACUAAUUAUGUUGAACUUAGAGCAUUAGAGGCAAAUAAUAUUAUGGUGAUAUUUUAGGAAUUAUCUGUCUAGUUCUUCAGCACACCUUUGCUCUCACUUAUAAUCAGUAGAACGCAAAAAAGCUCAACAUGGAAGAAUGCUGAUAAUUCGUUUGAAUGUCAGACAUACUGCAUAUUAACGUGUCACUUGCACAUGCAAUAACCGAGCGGAAGAAUGUAGGCUGCGUUUGAUCCUAAAGUGAAUAUUAACACAGCAGUUCAUCUUAACAUAUUUUCUUGGUGGAGACGGCAAGACAACUCCCACUGGUCCAGCACGAUUAUAAUAUUUUGAUAACACGCGUAUUAUUAACUAUCUACACAUCAAUUAGUAAAAGAAGGACAAGAUAUGAAUGGUGUAUGUCAUAAAGAACGGUGAUGGAGGAGGAUCAAGCAACAGGCAUUCUAAAACAAGUUACAUUUACCAGCUCUCAUUACUUACUUGUUCCAGAUACAUUUACCUCACUCACUCUUCUACUAAAUCUUGGCGUCAUAUUCGUCCUACCUCUCACGUUUAGCCUCAAGAGAAAUAUAUAUAGAAGACUUGGCUAAAAUUAGGCUGGAGGUAGAACUAGCUACAGGAGCUACAUUGUCGGUAGCAUUAUUUAUUGAAACGUUCAAGAAUUUAGCGAGGUGAGUUACUCGGUUAAGGAUGUUUCACUCGUCUAGAAAUUGUCAAAAUAAUAAUUCCAGCAAAUAAACACCGAACAAGACAUACUUACAGAAUUACAGUAAAUAUUAAAAUACUCAUUUUAAUAGGUUAACAAACGAAUAUAAAAUUUCUACCUGAAAGACUUGAUAAUGUGGCUUGAGUGAGGGGGAAAGCGGGCAGUGUUCGGCCAGCACUUCGAAACAUACAAGGACGGUAACUGGGUGCCUCUACUGUCUUGUCAUAUAAGAUUACUUAUGUUGCCGAGUGUGAAACUUCUCAUACAGAGGUGAUAGAUUAGUAACUUACAAGAUGGGCGAGUGGUCGAGGCUAUAGUAUACAGUUCAUAGAGGCGAGGCAGUGAACCGAAUGGCACAGCGCUGUCAACUGAUACUUUCAUAUUUUUUAACCGUGCUUCUCCUUUCAUAUUAUACCAACAGAUUAAACCUUGUAAACAUCCGAACGAGGAUAAUGAAAAUGAUCAUAAGUUUCUUAGUUCCGCAGGUCUGUAAUUCUGAUGUAAAAGUCCACUACAGCCACGGGUACGACAAGACAACGCUCUGCAACCUCAUAGCCAGGGGGAUCACUCCAGUACAGUUUCUGAACUUUACAUUUGAAGCAUAUGUGUACUAUAGUUUUUGAUGCCAUUGCGAACGUUACUACUAUCCAGAUAAAUAAAAAACCUAGUUUACGGAAGCAAAGGUUAACUUAUGUUCUGUACAGUCUCAAUUGAGGCGUCAAGCGUAGGAAUGACGAACUCGCCAAAUCAUAGUUUUGAGUAAACAGGCUUGUCAUUGUAUUAUGCACACCUACACACAAAAAUUAUCAAUAUAGAACAUAACUGAAGCAAUUCUAUCAAUAUUCCAUGGCGCUGUGUGAUUUUACAGUUCUAAAACUUUGAUAUGCGUUUACUCAAAACUAUGAUUUGGUGGGUUCGUCAUUCCUACGCUAGACGCCUCAAUUGACAACAUCUUCACAGACUAAAUCACAAAUAGUUCUGCCUACCUAGUACGCUUCAGAACUUGAGAGGAGCGUCUACAGGUGUGGUCCUGUAGAGAGAUUGGAAGGCUUGGAACAGUACCAUAUAAGCUCUCCCGCGCCAAGUAGUAACAAAUACUGUAGAGCACAUUAUACCCACCAAUACUCACUUUUUUUUUUUUGUAUUUCUUAAUGCCACGUCCUCACUUUACAUAAACAUCACUUUGUCAGUAUACUUGGGUAGAUAAUAACAAAAGGAAGGUGUCAAUAUAUCUUGGCGUGGCCAAUGAAGAAAAAGUAUUAAUUUGAGAAGUUUGCAGAGUUAAGCUUCAUUGUAUAAAAAAACCAAGUUACGGUGUUAGAAGUUGUGCACGCAGAUAAUCACACUCACUAUGAUGACGUGUAAACUGUACAUGUUAUCCUCCUCAAGAGAUAGAAUUUGAUAAUGUUGUGAACUUCACUACGAUAAUUUAAUUUAUACCUCAGAUGAAAUGCAAUCAAAUAGUGUGUAUGGAUUUUUCCACUGUAGAUGAAUUCAGUAUGUUGUAACGCGUUUUUAUUUAAAAUUUUAUGUAAUUGAUGUUCAAAUUAGCAAUUACUUAAGGUGUUGACAGGCGUAUAUAUUGGUUUUGAUGCUGACCUCUCACCGCAGUGGGCACUUAGAGACUCGAGUGUUAGGCCUUCUGACACAGUGAUGUAACUUGAUCGUCACUCGCCCACACUUAACACUUUGGCAUGGAAAAAAUAAGAAUCUUAAGUCUUAUCCAACCCCAUGUUUAAAGAUGCUCUGUAAAUCAAAGGGGCGAGUAUUUCAAUUUGGUGAGAUUGGCUGACAAGUUGUAAACACAACCAGAUCCAGUUAUGUUUAGUAACAAUCCUUCAGCCAAACCACUUAACUCCCUCACUGUGGUUCAGUGAGCCGCCCAACACCCGAGUCUCGUACCUUGAAAAUCGUGUAGCUCUUAAACUCUUUGUCCAUGAGACGCAUAUCUUUAUUUUUGUCACUGUACAGUUUAUUUUUAAGACUGAUGUAUAUUUGCAUAUUUCUGUAUGUGUAAAAAUCACUCCUGCAUAAUAUGGUUUUUAUGUUGUGCCAAACAAUCUCUCGACAGUAAACUAGGGAUUAAGUGGUGUAUUCUGGACAAGUUCCACCACACUGGCGAGGCAUACACCUCAAGCCCGCACUCACCUCACUAACCUUAUACAGGCCUUUCAUAAAGACUGUGGUGGCUUUGAGCAGGACUGUUGUGAGAUCUUGUUGCCAGGUUAAUUGUAUAGUGAAUGUAUAUUGACAUAUUGACUAUAAAUUGAUUUUGGUAUACAGGGUGUGCCACAAAAGUAUUGUUCCAAGUCGCUGUACAGUAAUGUGUCAUUAUUCGAAUGAAUGACCAAAAUUGCCAUGAUUGCAUAGAGUGCGGGCAGGAGGGACAUGCACUGUGAGGGCAUCGUCUGAAUACGGACUUAAAUGUUUCCAGCAGUUUGUGUUGUGAACUGAAGACGACAGCAGCAACCCCAAGAAGUUUCUUCACUCUUAUAUUGAAAACGUAUCGCUUCAAUUAAUUUUCUAAGAAUACCAAAAUAAAUUUGAACCUCUUAUUGCUGUCGUCAGGCCUGGGUCGUGCAUGUAAUCCAAAUGAGAUUUCUAAGUGGAGGCUAUUGUGAAAACUGUGUGUUCUAUUCUCCCGCACUGAGGCUAUUGUAUGUGUGGAUGAACAGCAGCCCUGGUUCACAACGCAAACUUGGCGGCGAAUUUCACGCAUUACAUCGCAGCACUGUAAAAUUCAUUAUUUAACCUGAAAAACCGUCAUUGAAAUGCUCCGACUCCGUAAGUGAUAUCUGUUAUGCCAAGAUGAAAAGUUCAUGCGGUGUAGUGCGUGGUGGGCUGCCGCGCCGCGUGUGACAGUCCUGCAUAUCAGCGGGGGGACGCAGCUGCUGCCUUACUCCCACACUUCCACCCAGCUAGAACCAACUAUAAGCCUACACUUCCAUUAAAUUAUCAAAACAUUUUGCAUUGUAAGUAUUUUCUUAUUAUAAGGUGAAGAAAUAAUGAAGUGUUUCUAGAAGUAUCUUGAACGUAAAAUGUAUAAACUGGGUAACACAAUGCUGACAGGGAAAUACGAAUGACUAAACACAAGCUAAAUUAUGUAUUGAAUGAAAAAGCUUGAGGUGGCUUACUGCUCCACAAAGGUAUGAGGGGAUGAGAAUAGACUAAGUACUAUAUUAUCUUACUCGUGGAGUUAAGCUUAGACAUUGGCAGUUGUAUGCCAUAUAUAAAGUGUAGACAAGAGUAGCGUGGGAGUGAGUGUGGGAGUACUGGUGCCCGCUGUGCCCCCCUGAAGCACCAGUCAUGUUGUCGGUGUCGCCACGGCGCUCUGUACAUAUUUGCUGACGUCUAUUUCUAUUUUAUAUUUACAUGUGCCACGUGUACCACAGAUGAUUCAUUAUAUCAAAUAAAUGUAUUCGUAAUAGGA